AUGCCCAUCUCAAGGAAUUUCGUCGUCCCCGCCUCGGCAAAGCAGCUCGAUCUGCUAAACGCCGCCUCAAAAUCAUUCGUCAUUUUCAUCUCCUCCGAAGACCCCGAGACCAAGCAGCCGUGGUGUCCUGACGUUCGGGCCUCAUGGCCGCAUGUGCAAAAGGCAUUUGGCGGAGAAAACGCACCAACAGUGUCGGUGGUUGAGGUUGGACAAAGACCAGAAUGGAGAAACCCUGAAAAUGUGUUUCGAAAGAAUUGGAACGUGAAUGGGGUGCCUACGCUGGCUAGGUUUGAGCGUGUCAAUGGCGAGGUAGUUGAGACGGCGAGGCUGGAUGAGAAUGGGAUUAUGGAUGAAGAGAAGUUACGGGCGUUUAUUGGCUGA